AUGGCUGCCGAUGGAACUGAGCAACAUGUUACCUUGAAGCUUAUGGUAAUGAAAGGGAAAAAGAAGGUUGUCAUUGCAGAGGCAGGGAAGGAGUUUGUGGAUAUUCUGUUUAGCUUCUUGACGUUACCUUUAGGAACCAUUGCAAGACUUGUGCGUGAGGAGUCCAAGGUGGAGCCACCUGAACUUGCAUUACUGAGAAGCCUCCAUCAAAGCGUAGAGAAUCUUGACAAUGGGUAUCUUUGCACAGAUGCGUGUAGAGAAAUGCUGCUGCGUCCCAGAAACUCCAUGGAAGCUUACUGUAGGAGAUUGAAGCUAAACAUUGACGACACAGAACCCACGGAGUAUUUUGUUUGUAACAACUUGAUCUAUUGUUCAUACACAAGCCCAGUCUUGUUAAGCAGCUUCAAAAAUAAACAAUGCCGAUGUGGCCGCAUGCUGGCAAAACCGAUAUCUGCUGAAGCCUCUUGUGUCUUCGAUGGUUUUGUUAAGAGUAAUUCUCGUUUUAUGAUCACGGACGAUCUGAAAGUUAUCCCAAACUCAAUGGAUAAAAUCGUUAAUGUGCUGAAGAACAGUGGAAUAAAAAGCAUGUCUUCAGUAAACGUAAUGUCGGUAAAUAUAACUAAAAAUCAGGUAAUAUAUAUGUUGAAAUGUUGUUUGUACUCAAAGACAGUUUUGACUGAUUUGUUCUUAGAAAAACUUCCCAGAGAGAUAUUACAUAAAAGGGAAAGAAUCGUUCCCUCUGAUUUUAAAGCAAAUGAAAAUGACAGUGGUAAAAUCACAGUGAAGAUAAUGCAGAGAAAAUCUAAUGGGAAGAUAGUGUUUGCUGAAGGAAAAGAAGAUUUUGCGAACUUUCUGUUUAAUUUGCUAACUAUUCCCAUAGGAGGAGCAGUAGAUUUGAUGGAAGGGUGUUCUUGUGUUGGUAGUCUCGAUGGAUUGUAUAAUAGUUUUAUUGAUUUGGAUGAAGAUUAUUUUACUACAAAAGUGAAGAAUAAUAAGUUUGUUGAUCCUGUACUUGCUCCACAGUUAAAAUUGGAUAGUUUGCUACCUUUAACGUGCGACUAUGUCCCCGAAUAUUUUUGUUACGUUAAUAUAAUCAUGGAAGAUUACUAUUUAACUUCCGUGUGCAAGUCAUGCGUCCCAUACUUGGAAAGGUGUGUUCCUGUAGAGUUUGUGGAUUCCAUAUCUUAUACAAAUAACAAUGAUAAAGGAUAUUUAAAAGGACCGACAACGUAUAUGGUAACAGAUGAUUUGGUGGUGACGCCGUCGUCCUCCAUUUCUGUUAUGUUUUUGGUGAGCAGUAUGAGCAUUCCCGUUGAUGACUUGCAAGAGAAAGUGGUUAGCAUUGGCACGGAGGAGUGUGUGCGCAUAUUACAAGCGUCAUUGAGCUCUACAUCAGCCCUAACAUUAGGUCUCAGCCACUUAACCGAAGUGAAGGAGGACAACUGA